CUGUUUAGCGACCCGUCAUCAUCUGAAAUUCUGCUCUUCAGUUCCAGUUUCAGUCCACAGAAACUCAUCAGAGACGGUGUGCAGGACGCAAACGAGCAGGGCGAUAGUACCGAUAAGAGAAGAACAAGUGAACAAACUAACAGAGAGUCUAUAAACAUGCCUGGCCCUGCAGCAAGUGCGACCAAUGUUGGCGCCUCCAGUCGCUCCCCCAGUAAAGCUGUUGCUUCCAGAGCUGCUGGCUCCACUGUCAGACAGAGGAAAGCCACCAGCAGUGGAACAAGGACUGCUAGUCGUGCAUCCUCGGCAGGCACAGGAGGAAUGUGGAGGUUCUACACCGAGGACUCACCCGGUCUCAAAGUUGGCCCAGUUCCAGUGCUGGUCAUGAGCCUACUCUUCAUUGCAUCAGUAUUCAUGCUUCACAUCUGGGGCAAAUACACCCGCUCAUAAACUAGAGAACUGCACCACCUUGUCCCGCCACACCUGCCAUCUUAACAUUUAUUCAACCUGGACCAAAAGCCUGGCGCAAUUUUUUUUUUUUUUUUUUUUUUAAAUUUAAAUGAAAUGAGUAAAACUUAAAUUAAAUGGCUCUAAUAAUUGAGAGUUGGAAAAUUUACAUCACCCCUCCAGGUGUUACACAAAAGCAGUACAUGUGGUGUUUGUCCUGAGUUUAAGCAAAGCAUUUCUACACCUGUACAAUUCUCCAGUCUUUAGCUCCGGUUUGACUGACCUAGAAGAAUUCCCUUUUUGUUAUACAAAGCAUUUGUACAAUACAUAAUGUGUUACUGUACAAUAAAUAUUCAGUGUUUAUGUA